CUUUCAUUAAAAUCCAACUUAAUUUUCUCCUCAUUCAUCCAUGGAUUCUAAAAUGCACCUUCAGCCAUGGUGGUUACUGCCUAUUUCUCUUUUGUUACAACUCUCAAAUUUGAAAAACUGGGCAAACGCAGCACCACAAGUGCCUUGCUACUUUAUUUUCGGGGACUCAUUAUCGGAUAGUGGGAACAAUAAUAACCUUAAAACGUUAGCCAAAGUAAAUUAUCGACCAUACGGAAUCGACUUCCCGAAAGGACCAACAGGAAGGUUUAGCAAUGGUCGUAACGUGCAGGAUGCUAUUGUUGAACUUCUUGGUUUCGAAGAGUAUAUGCCUCCUUUUGCCAAAUCAGAAAAGAAGAACAUUCUCCAAGGCGUGAAUUAUGCGUCUGGUGCCUCGGGCAUUCUCGACGAAACUGGAAGUCUAAUGGGUGCUCGAGUACCCAUGAGCAUCCAAAUAAGAAAUCACAAAACAAUAAUCGCAAGAAUUCGUAAAAUAUUACGAAAUGAUUCAUCCACAGAGAAGCUUCUAAGACAAUGCAUUUACUCCAUUCAAAUAGGUAGCAACGACUUCGUCAACAAUUAUUUCAAGCCCAAUUUCUACAACUCCAGCCACGGAUACAGUCUAUCGGAAUUCGCUACAAUGCUUGUUCGACAAUUUGCACACCAAAUAAAGAAAGUCCAUGCUGCAAAACUGGGGCCGGUGGUAAUAGAGAGCUCUGUAUUCAUCAUUCAAAGCCAUGCAGUAACCGAAAACAAUACGCGUUUUGGGACGGAGUCCAUCCUACUGAUGCCUCUAAUGUGUUGA